UCCACUCCCAGCAGCCCCCCCAGCUCCAGCUCCAGCUCCAGCUCCAGCCCCAGCCCCACUCGCGAACCCCUCGGCCCCCGCAGCACCAUGAAGGUCCCCGCAGCCGCCCUGGUCGCUCUCCUCCUCGUGGCCGCCCGCUCCCCGUCCGAGGCCCAUCUCGACGGCGUCCCCACCACCUGCUGCUUCAGCUACCAGCAACGCCCCGUCCCGCGCGGCCUCGUCGCCUCCGUCUACGUCACCAGCAGCAGCUGCACCCAGCCGGGAGUGAUCCUGGUCACCAAGAAGAAGAAGGAGCUGUGCGUGGACCCCCAGGCGCCCUGGGUGCGGGCGCACCUGAAGCACUUCCAGGCCCUGAAGAACUGACCCUUCCACGCUGCCACCCACCGUGCCCCUGCUGCUGCCCCCGGCGGGCUGGGCUUCCAGCCCCAGGCACGCGGGAGCGUACUUGAACUGCAGCCGCCUUCAGCGGGAAAGUUUAUUUUAUUUAACUUAUUUAAGUUAAAAUAAAUAUAUUUUGCUAAGACAAGG